UUUAGGUUACUGUAAGGAGCGAAAUAAAAAUCGCAAUUUGUUUAUUUGACUAUUCGAAAAUAUAAAAUAAUACGUACAGACUGGAAACAUAAAAAAUAAUCUUAGAUCUAAAUACAGUUUUUCACAUAUUGAAAUCAAACAAGUGGUACACAUAUAUUUUUCCUGAAAUUGUUUAUUCGAAUCAAAUGGAAGUGGAUGACGAUGAAUUUAAAAUAUGUAUUAUCUGUACGGAAUCCUGUGAAGGAAGCCGAAAUGAUACAAUCGACGGGCAAAGUGUGGAAGUAGUAUUGCACUCAGUUUUCCACAAACUGCAGACACCAUACGACGAUUGUUUAUCCACGAACUUAUGCGAUGUGUGUACAAAAGAACUUUCAGUAACAUAUAGGUUUGUUAAGAAAAUUGAAGAGGCUAAUCUUAAACUAAGAGAUCUUCUAGCUGUAGAAGAAUCACGGGAUGUGUUCAGUGUAUCUCCUAGAUUAGGAGACGUCAUCAUUAAAUUUGAACGAGACAAUUCUGACGGAGAAAAUUCUGCAGUACCCGAGGAAACUGUAGAGCCAGAUAAUUUAGAUUGCUCAAUAAAUAUUAAUCAAGCUACUUCAGAAGAUGAGGAAAAAUUAAAACCCCAAAGGCAAAGGUUGGGCACAAAAUCUGAAUCACAACCAAAGCGAUGCUGUGGGUGCAAGUUUCCUCUAACAUCAAAUGCACAAAUUGAAGAUCAUUCAGAGAAACGGCAUCGUCGUGACAAAAACACUGAUCAGGGGAUCCUUGAACAAAAACCAUUUGAAUGUUCAGUGUGUUUCCAAAGAUUUGAAGACAAAAUAGAUUUCCUACGUCACCGACGAACAAUGUAUGCGAUUGAAUUGUAUCCAUGCAAACUAUGUCCUGCUGAAUUUGCUAAUGCUUAUAAUCUUCGCUUGCACGUGAAACGUUCUCACCAGAGAAAAAACACAAACGCGCAAAUUGAUGAAAUGCGUCUUUCAAUUCAUAAAUGUUGCUUGUGCCGCAAACAAUUUGAUACUCUGGUUGGUGCUAAAGAACAUGUUAUGGAAAAUCACCCAUUGCAAGGAGAUAAUAUUGAUACCGACAAUCAGUUCGAGUGUGAAAUAUGCUCUCGAUGCUUCAAAACUCCAAAAGUUUUGACCGAACAUCAGCGGCGACCUUUUCGAAAACAUCGAUUCCAAUGUUCCCAUUGCGGGAAAACCUUUAAUGAGAGGCAGGCCUUCGUCGAUCAUGAACAAAGCCACGCAUCCGUACGUCCCUAUGAAUGUCCAAUUUGCAAGAAGAGAUUUUCACUAAAAACAAACUUCCGGACUCAUGUUCGUUAUCACUCGGUUCCGGAUGAUCAGUUUAAAUGUGAAUUUUGCGGUAGAGGAUUCAAGAAAAAGUAUCUUCUUCAGGAGCACCAGGCGAUCCACCAGGAAAAUGAAUCGCGCCCUUUCAAAUGUCACCUUUGCUCAAUAGCUUUCACUAGGAAGGAUCUGUUGAAUUACCACGUGAAAGAACAUCUCGGUGAGAAGCCAUACAAAUGUACUCAGUGUAGUGCAUCGUACAUACAUGGACGUGACUUGCGGAGGCAUAAUCGAACCAAGCAUGAAAAAAGUACUCCGUUUGUGUGCGACAUUUGUCACAACGAGUUUGGCCGAAAAGACGCUCUGGGAAAACACAUGAAAAUCCAUAGAAAACCCCUGUCGUGUUGACGAUAAUAAAUAAAACACUACUUAG